UAAGGUUGACGCUUAAUACUAUCAAAGUCAUUAUUAAUUGUAAUAAAGACUUUCCACUCUAGACCAAUUUACUUAAAAUGAGCAUUGCGCUCUUGCAAUAACGAAAUAACUACUCUGCUUUAAUUCAUGAAAAAAGCUUGAACGCAAAACAAGCACUGCAAACUUCCACUAAGCCACUGCCUUUGCAUUUAUGCAUUACGAGUGCAUUUGCAUAAUAGAAACUACACUGAGGUCUAAAGUCCUAAAACAUUUAUUUAAAAAUCUUCCAAAGAUCAAGUCUUAGAAUCUGUGAAAUACACUCAGAAUUGAACUAAAACGUUUUUUAUGCAAGUGUUACCGGAUUUGAUUGAAAAAUGUUUUUCAUUUUUUGAUUAUUUUGCGCAAUAAAAAUGAUUAUUCUGGAAAAAAUGGGGUGAGGAAAUGACCUGAAACUUUGCACACAAAUUAUUGUUUCACAUCUACAUUAAAUGGUGUAUAAAUCUUGGGAAAAUAUUCCCAGUUCCGUCAUGUCAAAUGAAGCACGUACUGUCGCCUUCCCAUUAUUCUAUUGAAUAAGCACUGCCCCCUUUGCAGUCGUCUUUUAAUAUCAUAAUGCAAAUAUCAUGCAAAUAUUUCAAUGUAUCCUUUAAGCAUCAUUGCCAACAACAUGGAGCUGAUUUAGUAAUGAUUGAAAGUAAGGAUGAAAAUCUUUUUAUCAGAAGUUUACUUGAACGAAUGUAUAGAACACCUUCACAGCACUCAGAUCAAGAGUUUUGGAAAUGUGCUAAUGACGAGAUGAUCGAGGGUUUAUGGGUGUGGUACAAGGGAGAUAAACCUCUUAAUUUUACAGGAUGGUAUCCCGGGCAACCAGGAAGCGAGGGUGACGAAGACUGUGCCGUGUUUGCAAGCAGGACUGACGUAUUUAACGGCUGGCAUGACGCUCCGUGUGCUGCCUCACACCACCCUAUAGACCCUUUCAUUUAAGACUGGAUUCAAGUUGUCACCCUUGGAUGACGUCAUUGGGAGAUACGGCGGACAUUUGCCGAUACGAUUAAGUACAUUAACAGAGGAAUAUAACGAUCUUAAUCCUUACUUUUGUAAUAUGGGCAGAUUGAAAUUGCCAAAAUAUUGUGAAAUUGAAUGCGAUAUUACAUAAAAAAGAUGAAUAAAAAUGUUUACCAUGAUAAGGUUAACGAUUUGUUUCAAUACUAGACCAUAUGGCUGGGUAAUUGAUCAUGGCAACUAUUUUUGUUUUAUUCUUAAUAAUGAAAAUUAAAUUGUCGCGCCGUGUUUUACCAGACAGUUAAAUCAUACUAACUUGGUAAAAACCAGAGAUGUAGAUAAUAUAUCUAUGUCUCUGCUAAUACACAGUACCCGAGAGAUAUUUUGA